AUGGAUCCCAGGCUGCUCAGAGCCGCACGCCGCGGCGACUUCGCGGGGCUCGAGGCUCUACUUCUGGGCGCCGCCGCCGCCGCCGCGCCAAACCAAGUCGCCAUCGACGUCGUCGUCGUGCAUCAUCAUGGCGCCGCCGCGGCCCCCGGGCAACAAGCGCCUGAGGCGGCGCCGGUGCCCCACCUCCUGGACGCGGCGGCGACGACGCCGCAGGGGGACUCCGCGCUGCACGUGGUGGCGGCCUCCGGCGACGGCGAAGGGUUCCUGCGCUGCGCGCGCGCGAUCUACCGUCACGCCGCGCGCCUCCUGGACCGCCCCAGCGCGAGCGGCGGCGGCGGCGACACGCCGCUGCACCGCGCCGCCAGGGCGGGCAACGCGGCGAUGGUAGGGUGCCUCCUCGACAUGGCCAGGCAGGAGGAGGAGGAGCUCGCCGGCGGCACGGGCGGCUCAAGGGUAGCCGAGGUGCUGGAGAAGAGGAACGCUCGUCAGGAGACAGCACUCCACGACGCCGUCAGGCUGGGCGACGAGCAGCUCGUCCGCCACCUGAUGUCGGUGCACCCGCGGCUCGCCCGUGUUCCGGCGCCGGGCGGCGGGAUGUCGCCGUUGUACCUUGCGGUGUCCUUGCGGCAUGACCGCAUCGCGGAGGCCCUGCACCAGCAAGGCGGCGACGAGGUCUCGUAUUCUGGACCGGCCGGCCAAACUGCCCUACACGCUGCUGUCCUACGCAGCGCAGGUAAUUAA